GAGGAGCCGCUAUGACCCCCGAGAAGGUGCUGAGGGAGGGGGUGCUGGAGAAGCGCAGCGGGGGGCUGCUGCAGCUCUGGAAGAAGAAGCGCUGCUUGCUGACGGAGAAGGGGCUGCAGCUCUUCGAGCCCAAGGGCUCGCGGCGCAAGGAGCUGAGCUUCGCCCGCAUGAAGGCGGUGGAGUGCGUGGAGUGGAAGGAGCGGCACAUCUACUUCACCGUGGUGAUGGACGACAGCCACGAGAUCGACUUCCGCUGCGCGCAGGAGGACCCCGGCUGGAACGCCGCGAUCACCAUGGGGCUCGUCCGCUUCAAGAACCAGCAGGCGAUCCAGGUCGUCCGCGCCCGGCACAGCUGCCGAGCAGUGGUGCAGUUUGACGCAGCCCCGGUGGGACAGCCCGUGGACAUGCAGCAUCCCAAGAGCAGGAUGGAGAUGGCCCUUGGCUCAGCGGGCAGCAGGGACAAUGAGAUCCAUACGGGCGAGUGAGGCCACCGCUGUCUGUUUCAGGGGAUGGGGAUGGUGGCCCUGUGGACAUCAGUGUGGGUGCUGAAUCCCCUUGUCCUGGGGCAGGACAGCAGCAUCGCGGGAGCUGGGCUGGUGCAGCUGCAGGCAUCCAGCCACAUCCCCUUGGCACAAUGGGCAAAGGACACAGUUGGUGCCACCAUCAUUGGCUCCGGACAUGGCAGGAGGUGACAUCCCUGCCUGGGGGCCCUCCAGCCCUCAGCUGACAUGGCCAGGACCUUGGUGAACUGAUGGGGACCCCCGGGCCUCUCCUGCAGGACAGGGGAGGGAUGAGGUUGAGCCCGAAGGCAGCAGGGUGACGAUGAGCUCUGCCCAAAUGCCAGUGGCACUGGGACAGAUGGAUGUGGCCAGGGACACAGAUCCCCCGUAGCCCCCAUGUUGAGAAGGGGCUGCAGAGCUGCUGUUGCAGCAGGGACCCCUCUGGGCACUGUACCCGAUGGCACGGUGACAUGGCCGUGCUGCUGGACACUGUCCUGCCCUGAGCUGUCCUCAGGCUGGUGGGGGACACUGGGGAAGGCAAUGGAGACCCUGGUUC